ACGAAGGAACCAUCUCAUGUACCCAACUGUAGUCUCCAACCUUGGGUCGAUACACAAAUUCGCACACGGAACUGGGUCGGCCAAGCCCCCGCUGCUAGGUUGAUAAGGCCCAAGAGCACCAGCUACGUUAACUAUAAAACCACCAGCCCAACCAGAUAGCCAGUAUAGUCAAGUUCUGCAAUGUCUUCGAUCUACAAGCUACCGACUGCGCUGGUGCUGUUUCUGCUCACCAUCGUUGGACCUGGUGUCCAGGGUGCGGAAGUGCCGCGCAUUAUUGGCGGGCAGUUUGCGUCGCCGGGACAGUUUCCUCAUCAGGUGUCGCUGCAGUUGAAGGGGCGCCAUCAUUGCGGCGGCUCCUUGAUUUCCGAUACGGUUAUUGUGACUGCGGCUCACUGCACAAUGGGCCAGAGUCCCAGCCAAAUGAAGGCGGUGGUGGGCACCAACGAUCUGGGCGCUGGAAAUGGCCAGACUUUCGGCAUCUCUCAGCUGAUCAUACAUCCACAAUACAAUCCACAGAGCCAGGACUUUGACAUGUCGCUCAUUCGGCUCAGUAAUCCUGUGAAACUAGGCGGUGCUAUUCAGACCAUUCAGCUGGCGGAUGCGGAUGCCAACUACGCGGCGGAUACCUUGGCCACCAUCAGCGGAUUUGGCGCCAUCAACCAGAAUCUACAGCUGCCGAAUCGCCUUAAGUUUGCACAGGUGCAGCUCUGGAGUCGCGACUUCUGUAAUGCCCAGAACAUACCUGGACUCACGGAUCGCAUGGUGUGUGCCGGACAUCCUAGCGGACAGGUCAGCUCCUGCCAAGGUGACUCUGGUGGACCAUUGACUGUUGAUGGCAAACUGUUUGGCGUUGUCUCCUGGGGCUUCGGGUGCGGCGCCAAGGGUCGCCCAGCCAUGUACACAUACGUGGGCGCCCUGAGGUCCUGGAUCAAGCAGACUGCAAAUGUUUAGCUCAACUGAUAUGAUACGAAUACGAAUGAAUUGUACGAUUUACAAUAAAAAUUAGAGCUCAUCCUCAGAUGACGCCAAUAUCCUUGAA